AUGACUUCCGAUCCAUCUCUCCUCUCAUGGAAUGGCGUCCGCCUGUUUCUCAUUUGCUCACUUCUUACUGCCAUGACUAACUUCCCAUCAGGAUUUUCUCAUACAUCUGUCAACACUGCUGUCCACAAACUCAACGAAUAUCUGAAUAACUCAUUCACCGAGAGAUAUCGACCACUCGAUCAUGAAGAAGUGUCACUCCUCAAGUCUGGAAUCAACUCGGCUUGGUAUCUCUUCCAAGUCAUUGGUGCUAUGUGCAGUCCAUUCCUUUGUGAUAACUAUGGCCGAAAAGUAGCAUUCGCUAUUUCGAUCGCUUUCAUGACCUUCGCCGGAGCUAUGCAGAUGCUCGCUAGCUUCACACCGUACUCCGAAGUUUUGAUUGCUGGUCGACUGAUUGCUGCUGUUUUCUCUCCACUGAGUGAUGCAGCUUUGAUUCUCUAUCUCCAGGAAAUUUCACCAGCAUCUCUUCGUGGAACGAUGUCAUCGUUGUAUUCAACUGGCUAUGCAACGAUGUGCUUACUUGGCAUGUUGCUUGGUCAUGAGGGACUUUUGGGACAUUCGCUCUCCGUGCUUUUGUUUGUGCCGGUUAUUCCUGGAAUCUUGUCAACUGCCUUUAUUCUUUGGAUGCCUGAUACACCAAAGUUCCUAAUGCUUGUUAAGAAGGACAAAGUUGCUGCAUUGAAAUCGCUUCGAUUCUUCCAAGGAUAUCUUCCUGAUCAAACGCUUCUUAUCGAUUCGAUGGAGCAACAUCAAAAAGAAGAAUCAGCUGGAAACAAUAACGAGAAAAAAGAGGAAUCUUCAACAUCGGUGAUGCAUAUUCUCAGAACAUCUCACCUUCGUAAAGCAAUGAUGUUGUCUGUGGCUGCUGCAAUUCUCACGCUUCCAUUCUAUCCUAUUCUUCAGAACAGCACUUUCUUCUUCACUGAUAUGGGUGUCGACACGAAAACUUCCCAGAUGGCUUCUAGUUUGAUGAUGGUUGUUCUAACUGUCUCGUCAAUUUGUUCAACUAUGAUCAUCGACAAAGUUCCACGGAGAGUUCUUCUUCUGUCCUGCGGCUCCUGCACAGUCAUCUUUUUGACGAUCUUUGCUGUGGCAGAGCAAAUGCAUCAGCAGUCAAUGGCAAUGGGAGCAUGUUUUGGAUUUGUUAUGGCCUAUGGAGUUGGAGUUGGUCCUGUAAUCUGGUCCAUUCCACCGGAGCUGUCACCACUAGCCGAUAGAUCCAUGAUGUUCUGUUUUGUUUACUCAAUUCACAGCUGUCUCGUCGUUGUCACAAACUUCUCGACAAUCCCAUUGUUCAUGAGCAUCGGCGCAUUUUCGUUCGUGGUUCUUUUCGCCAUUCCAUCGGCACUUGCGUUGGUCUACUUGCUGAUUUGCCUUCCAGAGACAAGUGGACGUGAGAUCCACGUAAUCAUCAACGAACUGAAAGGAUUUGUAGAAAAUAAGGAGCCAAAAGCUAAUAUUAUUUCUUCGAUUGCCUAA